CUCGCACUCGCUCCAGUCCUGCGGGUGGCGAGCUCGAACCACUGAGCGCAAAGACAGCGCGCGCUGCACCAGACGAAGUGCACGCAGACAAAGCGGACGUGCGCGUGCACUACUUCCUUUCUCUUCCGCAGCUCGCAACGCCUCAGCAUGCCGCCCAAGGAUACCAAGCAGAAGAAAGAUACGGGCAAGUCCAAAAAGGACAAGGAUCCCGUUAACAAAUCCGGAGGCAAGGCGAAGAAGAAGAAGUGGUCCAAAGGAAAGGUGAGGGACAAGCUGAACAACCUGGUCCUCUUUGACAAGGCCACAUAUGACAAACUGUACAAAGAAGUUCCCAACUACAAGCUCAUCACACCCGCUGUGGUCUCUGAGAGGCUGAAGAUCAGGGGCUCACUGGCCAGGGCUGCCUUGCUGGAGCUGCUCGGCAAAGGUCUGAUCAAGCUGGUGUCCAAGCAUAGAGCUCAGGUCAUCUACACCAGAAACACCAAGGGCACAGAUGAGGCUGCUCCAGAGAAGGAGGCAUAAUAUGAUCACACCUUGGCUUGAGUUAUGGUCUUUUGUAUAGGUAAAUAAACAACCACAAAAUGGAA